AUGGCGGAGGCGGCCACUCCGACCGUGCCGCAGCUCAACGCGGACCAGGCCCGCAUCGUCUACGAGAACCGCCUCAGAGCUCGAGCGCGGCUACGCCAGCAGGCGCAGGCGCAAAAGGCGCGCUACCGUGGGCGCAACGCCGGGGCGGAACCCGCUCCGGCGUCCAUCGGGCCCAAUGCCGACCUUCGCAGCGUCCCGUCGACGAGCCGCAAUGCGCAACUGCGACCGGGAGAGGUCCGCAUCGUCGGUUCCAAGGGCAACGUAGCGCGCGGCGGCGGCGGCGGCGGCGCUGCCGACGAUCCCAAUGCGCCGCUGCAGCGCGACAAGUCGCUGGGCAACUACAUCGAGUUUGACCUGAGCAAGCUGCACAACUCCAAGGGUGGUUUCCUCGUCGACGAGGAGGAUGCGCCCGGGUCGGCAAAGUCGCUCGACGACCUGCGCAAGGAAAAGGAGCGCGAGCGCCAGCGGAUGAAGCCCUACCUCGAGCCCGGCAUCUCGCUCGACAAGGAGACGCGCCCGACGUGCGAGGUGUGCGGCUCGCCCGAAAUCAUCGAGCUGCCCUUCCGCAAGGUGUUUGGCAUCGACGUCUGCAAGCGGUGCGAGCGCGAGAGGCCCGAGGUCUACUCGCUCCUCACAAAGACCGAGGUCAAGGAAGACUACCUCCUCACCGACGCCGAACUGCGCGACGAAGAGAUCCUCCCGCAUCUCCUCAAGGCCAACCCGCACAAGGCCACCUACAGCAACAUGAUGCUCUUCUGCCGCAAGCAGGUCGAGGCCUUUGCCUUUUCCGACGCAAAGUGGGGCAGCGAGGACAACCUCGACCGCGAGUUUGAGCGGCGCGAAGAAGAAAAGGUGCGCAAGCGUGGCAAAAAGUUCCAGCAGGGCCUGGCCGACCUCCGCAAGCGGACGCGCGACAACGUGUGGCAGCGCAGAAAGGACGAGGAGCACCACCACGAGUGGGAGGAGGUCGAGGACCGCGGGCACACCAAGCAGCGCUGCAAAGAGUGCGGCCACGAGAUCGAGGUCGAGGUGUUCUAG